AUGGUCACCAACACGGUCGGCUCGGCAUGCGAGGAUUGUCCUGUGGACCUCCUGUGCUACGACCCCCCGCAGAAGAAGCCCUCAUUUGCGAAGCUGCGACAGGAGCAGGGCGAGGGCGAGCGGGGCGAAAAGGAGCAACAGGACAACAUUGCCAACGAGACCUGUGUCUCCUUGGAGUCAGGGCACUGGAAUGAAGCUGGGACAGAGGGAUGGAAAUUGUGCUCGGUGAACUGGACCACUGGGAGCAAUUGGUUCGGGAGUCUGCUUCUUUCUUGGAACAUGUGGAAAGCCAGGAAGGGCAUCCAUGCCGAUAUUCAAAUCUCUGUGGACCAGAAGUGGAUCGCGCUGACCAAGGACGACUACAUCUAUGUCCUUGGCCCAGAAGACAAGAUGGUGGAUGCUGAAGGCAGGACGUAUCCCUUCGUUCCUGGCUUGGAUAUGUUGCGGAUCACCUUCCCAGAGGGCGACCCCAAGCAGGGCCUUUUCUAUCAGUACAUGAUGCGCAAAGUGGCGCAAAAAGGUUCGGAUGGAGAAGUGGUCAAGACGCCGGCCUACCAAGCUCUCUUGGAACGUGUGCAACGCCCUACAAUGGAAGGCUGUUGUUGCAACUUUUUCCUUUGCAACAUCUCUGAUGAUCAAUACCCUUCGAUCUACGAUUCCUUGGAUGACCAUCAGUUGAUGGUGCCAGGCCCAGAAAAGUUGCCUGAACCACUCAUGGAGGUCAUUGCCAAAGAGCCGGGCUGGCCGUCCUACAAGUGA